CCAUUUCACUUCCUAACUACUGUACCAACCUCUAUUUUUCAUUAAUGGUUCAAACAAGAUUCACUAUCUUUCUUAUUCUACUCUUUCACAAACGGAUCCGAACUUACUUCUUUGGAUCUUAUCCCAUUCAUACAAAUGAACAUAUUAUAGUAUAGGCAAGUAAUCCCUAUUAUUAAGUAAGUCAUUCACAAUCCAUAUCAUUAUUCUGACAUUUACUAAGUCCAAUUUGAGAAUACUUUUUUCUUUUUUAGUCCCUUUAAUUGACAUAGAUACAAGUACUCUACUAGGAUGAUGCACAAGAAAUGGUCAGGAUAGCUCAGUUGGUAGAGCAGAGGACUGAAAAUCCUCGUGUCACCAGUUCAAAUCUGGUUCCUGGCACAGAAAAAAGGAUCUACCGAAUAGGUAUUGAUACAAAUUACUCGAGAUGGAUUGGGAUACAUAUUAUAGAAUAAUAUAGAAGGAGUAUGAUUUUUGCAUCUAAGUAGAGAAAUCUCUAAAUAGAGAGACUUCUUUUUCUUUAGGGUCAAAAUCUCGGGUUCUUUUCUUUAUGGUACAGAAGGAGGUGAGAUUAGGUUCCCUUUUCUUCAUUUUUGCAUUUCUUAUUCUGCUAUUCCGAAUAUUUUUAUAUUCUUGCUUAUCUUACUUUCCUAGUUGUUCUAAGUAAUGCGCGCGGUACAAAGUUCGUGGUAGGGAACUUCUUUGAGUCAUCGUAUUUUUCUGUUUAUACGAAGGAAAUGAAUAUGUGAUUUUCCAAAUUGGAGAAUCGAAAUGAAGCCCUUUUUUGCUCAGUCUAUCUGGACCCUUUUGUAUAAUAGGAAUUCAUUCUAAUGAAAAUAUAGUAGGUAUUCCGUUUCGUCUAGGAACAGAACGUAAAAAUAUUCCUUGACUUGAAUAAAAUCUGGAGUUGUGUUGUAUAAGUGAGCAUGAAUUUCUUAUCAUUCAAUGAGCAUCUUGUAUUUCAUAGAAAUUGGGGGUUAUAUAGUCCUUACGUAAGGGCCAGCCUAUCCAACUUUCAGGCAUUGGGAUACGUUUAAGGCGUGGAUGAUUAUCAUAAGAGAUUCCCACCAUAUCAUAAGAUUCGCGUUCUUGAAAAUCGGCACUUCUCCAAAUCCAGAAGACAGACGGGAUUCUAGGAUUAUCCUUUUGGGCAAAGACUUUUAUGCUGCAUACUUCUUCUUUUCUAUCGGUACCAUACUGUAUUCUCGUAAGAUGAUACAAGCUAGCUAAAGAUCCACCAGGUGCUACGUCAUAAGCACAUUGGGAACGUAAAUAAUUGUAACCAUAUACAUAUAAAAUGACAGCAAUGGAAUCCCAAUCCCCUGCUUUUAUUUGUAAAGUCUCUAUUCCUCGGUGAUCGAAGCCCAAAGAUCUAUGAACCACCUCAUGUUUGACUAGCCAAUUAGAUAACCAACCCUGCUGCAUUGUCUUGAUCUCUCCCCCUUUGUAUAAAUAUUUCACAUUUCGAAUGCAAGUUUGAAAGAUUGCCCUGCUCUUUCUUUUUCUGCACAAAAGAGCCCUUCCUAAUUCACUAAUUUGUAGGAAGAUACUGGACUUUUGGAUUUGAAAAAAGUUUCAGAAGAUAUGUCUAAAGUAGACGGUGAUUGAUAGAGCAAUUCUUGCUCGUAAGUUCCAGUAUGAGUACAGCGCCGAACAUAAAGCUUGUGACUGGUAGAUCGAUUUCUCUUUUGAGAUAGAGUUCGAUCCUCAACUAUUUCUCGCGAUAUCUUCUUACGAAGUUUUGUUAGAGCAUCUAUAACCGCCUCCGGUUUAGGUGGACAGCCCGGCAAGUAGACAUCCACAGGAAUUAACUUAUCGACUCCCCGAACAGUACUAUAGGAAUCCGUACUGAACAUUCCCCCAGUAAUACUACAAGCUCCCAUAGCAAUGACGUAUUUUGAUUCAGGCAUUUGCUCAUAUAAUCUCACUAAAGAAGGAGCCAUUUUCAUUGUUACCGUACCGGCUGUGAAAAUUUGGUCCGCUUGCCUAGGACUUGAUCUUCUUGGUACCAAUCCAUAAUGAUCAAAGUAGAAUCGCGAGCCUGAAGCAAAUUCAAUGAAACAACAACAGGUACCAUAUAGAAUAGAAGGGGCCAUAAACUGGAGAGUCUUGACCAAUUCGAAAGAUCAUUUGGUGUAGUUGAAAUAACGGAAUUGGAAUCGGUCAAGUAUAGGAAAUUAAUAUAAGAAUGAAUAACUUUCUUAAUGGUUUAUUUUUUUGCUUUUAUUUAUCUUAAUAUUCAUUCCAUUCAGGCCAUUCCAAUGCUCGCAAGCAAGCACGAAAAAGCUUCUAUUUCUAAACGGAAACGCCCAAUACAUCGAAACUCAUUACCCAUGGAUAAAGCCAGUCGAGAAAAAAAAAGAAAACAAACAUGGUUUAGCGGAUUCGGAAUUGUAACCAAGCAUCCUGGGUUCUAUACCCGAUUCAACACUAGAGCAUGCAGCCGAUCCUGGAUACAGAACUAUAGAAAGUGUGCAGUGAGGGAUCUUUAUUGGUAGCCAGUCUUUCACUUCCGCCUCUCCACUCCCAUGCCUUUCUUGGUCGGACCAACCCAACCGGCGAUUUCCGACAAGUCUUUCUGCUUAGAGCAAGAAGCGGAACAAAAAUCAAGCUUUCUUUAUUUUCAUUUAUGGAUAACCAAUCCAUUUUCCAAUAUAGUUGGGAGAUUUUACCCAAGAAAUGGGUACAUAAAAUGAAAAGAUCGGAACAUGGGAAUAGAUCUUAUACCAAUACUGACUACCCAUUUCCAUUGUUGUGCUUUCUAAAAUGGCAUACCUAUACAAGGGUUCAAGUUUCGAUCGAUAUUUGCGGAGUGGAUCAUCCCUCUCGAAAACGAAGAUUUGAAGUUGUCCAUAAUUUACUGAGUACUCGGUAUAACUCACGCAUUCGUGUACAAACAAGUGCGGACGAAGUAACACGAAUAUCUCCGGUAGUCAGUCUAUUUCCAUCAGCCGGCCGGUGGGAGCGAGAAGUAUGGGAUAUGUCUGGUGUUUCUUCCAUCAAUCAUCCGGAUUUACGCCGUAUAUCAACUGAUUAUGGUUUCGAGGGUCAUCCAUUACGAAAAGACUUUCCUCUGAGUGGAUAUGUGGAAGUACGCUAUGAUGAUCCAGAGAAACGUGUGGUUUCUGAACCCAUUGAGAUGACCCAAGAAUUUCGCUAUUUCGAUUUUGCUAGUCCUUGGGAACAGCGUAGCGACGGAUAAUUCCGAAUCUACAUAGGUCUAGUCCAGGGGACAAAUCAAUAGGAAAUGCUAUUUGCUUCUUAAGAUAAGAUAAGAUAAGAUAAGAUAAGAUAAGAUAAGAUAAGAUAAGAUAAGAUAAGAUAAGAUAAGAUAAGAUAAGAAGAAGAACUUUUUAGAAAUGAAAGAGCGGGCGUCGGAUAUCAUUUCUUCAAAUAAGGAAGAAGUGUUAUCGAAGGAUUUCCUUCCAUUCUUCCUAGUAUGGAAGAAGUCAAGAAAAAGUACUGCGUCUCGAUCUAUACGAAAGGGCACAGGUUUUUUCUUUCGGUUUCAUUGAUAGCAGAAGAGUACGCUAGCUAGCGGAGCCUGAAAACGCUUGCUUGCGCCCCACCCCUACGGAAACUAUUGCCUAUGCUUGCUGCUCGCUCAGUGUCAGUAGAAGGGAAGAAAAGAUGGUCACUCCUUUUAGGAACAUGGCGAGCCUUACUUACGACUGUUGCACUUCACUCGCAGCUCGUUCAUUCACUUGCUCAUGAACUCGCUGCUUCGCCAGAAGCGACUAGUCGCCUCCUUUCCUCCGCCGAAAGAUGCUUAGCCAGAAGCGACGAAGGAGGGGAGCUGGGGAAGGCCGACGAUGGCAAUGAGGGGGAAGCUGUCGUAGAAGCUUUGCCCCUUGCUUUACAGAAAUUGUUAUGAACUUACUAAAUGACCUUAUUUAUUCUCCCGGAACGCUAGCAAAUCUAAUAGUUCCAUCUGCUCUUCUUAACUUAAGAACGAAGGCCGCCAUCCUUCUUAUUCAGGAACCCUUUGUUUGAGGAGGGCGUAUCCCCGGGAAGGGGAGAGUGGCCGAGCGGUCAAAAGCGACAGACUGUAAAUCUGUUGAAGGUUUUCUACGUAGGUUCGAAUCCUGCCUCUCCCACUUGUUGUAGACUUAAGAGAAGAGAAAGUAGGCGGAAGCCUAGGAGGGCCAACCGAGCGAAGCUCUUUCUUUUUUUGGCCGUGCCGUGAAGUGCAAUUUUCUCGUAUGCGUUUUAGAGAGGUUGUCGAAAAAAGACGAUCUAUAGAGAUUCCCCAUCUAUAUCUAAUCGAGAAUAGAAGCGAGUCGCUUCCGGCGUCGGCUUGUAGUCUCUACAGUCGGCACACGCACGCCGCCCGCCAUCAUGCCUCCUUGGUUCGGGACGAAGCCAAGCGAGACAUACGAUAGACGAAGGAAGCGCCCACCCAGCUGGAGGGCUAAAACCUAUAGUUUUGAAGUUGCAAACUCCAGCUUCGAAGCUGGAGUGCUUUAGCCCUUUAGUUUUGAAGCAAGAAUCACCGUCUUGAGCGCGCAAGGCGCUCAAGAACAAGUAAGGGAUGAGCGCUUUGUUGCGCCUGCGGAUACAUUUUCUUGCUGGGGAAGGCUAGUUUGAUCGAGGAUUGGAGAGGAGAGGUGGAAUAAAAAGCUCGGGAUGGAUUUUGGAGUCUUUGUGCGAGCCGUAUGCGGUGAGAGUCGCACGUACGGUAAGGAGGGGGGUUCGCGUCUAUACGUGUAGUGUGGUGGUUGGGCCUACCCACCCUAUUUGUUCCAUGAUCUAUGGGUCUACUGGAGCUACCCACUUCGAUCAAUUAGCCAAGAUUUUGACCGGAUACGAAAUCACUGGUGCUCGAUCUAGUGGUAUUUUUAUGGGGAUUCUUUUUAUCGCUGUAGGAUCCCUAUUCAAGAUUACUGCAGUUCCUUUUCGGGCGGCUGUAGGACGGACGGCCCCCUAUAGGUAGUAGGGUAGGAUGGGUGGUACCGCUCAGAUAGCGGCCAAUCCUCCUAACUGCGCGCGGGCCGGGCUUAGAGCGCGUGAAACUCAUCACUACCUCGUAAGGGCGUUGAGACCAUAGCAUGUUACACAAAAGCGCCGCUUUCUCUGGAGUGUUGUCACACAGCUGCCCGACUAGAAGAGCUACUCGCUCUGUAGUGUUGUCACACAAGAUAAGCACGCCGCCCGCCUGCUGGCCGGGCGAAUCGAAGUUAUCUUCCGGUCAACUGUCCGCCCAGUCAAGUGCAAAAAACACAGUGGAAUCACGCAACGCACGCAGCUGGUGUGCUUCCUGCCCACGAGGAAAGAAGAGCGACAAGGUUCAGAUUUGACUGUUUGCAGCAUGGGAGCUGAUUACCCAAAAAAUCCCUGGGAAAAAAGAAAAGAUAUCUCGGUAACGAAAACCAUAGGAGGCUGUAUUGGCGAGAUCCAAGGGUUCACAGCAGCCCAAAAGAAAAACCGCCUGGAAGUCCGAGGACCUUUAGUACCGUACCGAACCAGCAGCCUUCGCGCCAAGCGACGACCGCCCUUGUCCCUUUCCUUUUUCCAUUCAGCCUACUUCUUAGCUUUGUUCCGUCAGUCUAAGGCAAAGUCCGUGACGAAGAUCUUUCUAUCAAUAGAUAGGAAUGAGUGUUCGUUAUAGGGGAUAGGAUCCAUCUGCUCUCUCUCUAUUUUCUUUGAUGCAAUUUAGAGAGAAAGAGCAGUGCGAACUAAAAAAAAAGAUAAUCGGGAGAUGAAAAAGAUACAUAGACAUCUAAAGUAAAGGGAUGUAUAUAUUAUUCCUAUAUAUAUCAUCUAUCUAUGAAAAAAGUAAACAGAGUUCGUUUUUGGGUUCCCCGAAGCCCCGAAUGGAUUGGAUCGUUUCUGCUUCUGCCAACGAAAUGAAGGCCUCGCCCCUUCCGAAUGCUUCUCCGAUCCUGAACGCGAAGAGAAUAAGAUGCUGCUCCCCCUCCCUCUGUCUUUUUCCGCUUUGCUAAUCUUCCCCUCUAACGCGGGCCGGGCCGGGCUUAGGCGGGCGCGGGAGGAAGAAAGAAAGUCGAAGAGCGUCUUCUCCUUUGUCCUUUUUUCAGUGCAACACAGGAAAGCACCCUCUUUUUGUAAUCUCUGCAGCUUCCCAGAGGCUUUUUUUUGUAUUGAACGCAUGGCGUAGCUAGGACCCCCCCCAAUCAUGUUUGAGCCUAUGUUCACCCGGGGCUCAAAAAGGAGAAUUCCGGAAUGCCUGCCGACGUUCAGAUAAGGUGCAUAUCCCUUACCACUAAAGGAAAGGCUCGACGAAGGGGGGGAUAUUAAAAGGGUAAGGAAAACGCUUUCGGAGAUUGAGAUGUCGAUUUGUUUUUCAUCGAAAAGGAAGAAGGCCGAGGGGAUAGCAGCCUUCCUUCGGGCUUUGCCUGCCGACGUUCUAAUAAAGAAUUCCGGCUCGGCCCGGGAAAGCGCUGGCAACAACAUAAAGAAAGGGGUCCAUGUAGCUGCUGCGCCCGCCCACUGAGCAGCAGGUUCGGCAUCUACUACAAAAGAGAGAAUCCACUUCAGAUAACCACGUCUCUGCUAGGCAGCGUGUGGAAUGGCCGAGAGCGGACCAAAUGGAUAUAUAAUCCAAGCCGAGAGUGGAGUUACGUGAACAGCCGUCUGAUGGAAAACAACUUUCACGUUCGGUUCAGAGAGCACUUUUUUCGUUGAGAAUAAGUCCUUCCCUUUUGUGUGAAUUCCCCAGCGGCGAAUUAACAACUUGUGGGGCCCUAUCUAUUCAAUCUCUCGAGCCCCAAGAAAACCCCCCUCUCCCUCGGACUCAAUCUCUCU